UCCCCACUGUCUUCUCUCCCUGGCACAGGCAUCUUUAAUGUCUGCAGUCUCUGGUCACCUCCUGUACUAUAUCUGCAAUCUCUGGUCAUCUACUGUACUAUGUCCGCAGUCUCUGGUCAUCUUCUGUACUAUGUCUGCAGUCUCUGGUCAUCUCCUGUACUAUAUCCGCAGUCUCUGUUCAUCUCCUGUACUAUGUCUGCAGUCUCUGGUCAUCUUCUGUACUAUGUCUGCAGUCUCUGGUCAUCUCCUGUAGUAUGUCCGCAGUCUCUGGUCAUCUCCUGUACUAUGUCUGCAGUCUCUGGUCAUUUCCUGUACUAUGUCUGCAGUCCAUUGGUUCAGAAUAUUUUUUUUCUUGUUUUCUUCCUCUAAACCCUAGGUGCGUCUUAUGGUCAGGUGCGUCUUAUGGAGCAAAAAAUAAGGUAUCUCUUUGUGUAGCAAGUCUAGUGUUCCAGAUUCCCCUUCCAGACAGCACAGUUGGGUACUGGACCUCUCUGUAAAUGACAUUUCAGUUACACUAUACUGAAUGGUCUAGGAUUCUCCCCUUCCUG